GCACGUUCUAAAAGUCGUUUCUUAUUACAGGCCGAAUACAUGCGCCGUUGAAGAAGUCCCGGGUACUAAUAAGAAAUACUGGACGGAAUGCAAAUACUGGAUGAAUCGAGAAAUUUGUGGAGCAAAAACAGUUCUGAGAUACGAAUGCUGUGAAGGUUAUCACCAAAUACCCAGACAAGAUGGUUGCACGGGAGUGAAACCCAUGUCAGAUGUUGUCAGAACAGCUCGAGAUCUGGGAGCGACAGUUUUCGUGGAUUACCUACACGAAGCAGGACUGGCUGAUCGUCUGAGAAGACCGGGGCAAGCGAUCACUCUCUUCGCCCCAACGAACGAAGCCUUCGAUCAACUCACUCCAGCUGACCAGGAAUCUUUAAGAGUUAGUCUUCUGGAGCAAGAGUCACCGUUCCUGUUGCAUCAUGUGGUUGGUGGUCGGAAAUUGCACUCAAAGGAUUUCAAGGGUGAGCAAGAAGUGGAAACGCUGAAUGGCAACACCGUCCGCAUCAACAGGUAUAACCAUGGGAUGAUGACGGUCAACUGCGCACCAAUAGUACGCAAAGAUCAGCAAGCCACAAAUGGCAUCGUCCAUCUCAUCGAUCAGGUUCUAGUUCCACCAUCCAAUCCUGCAGGACGGCCCACUAUCCCAGAAGCCCUUUUCAAUGAUGGUCGUUUUAGAGAGAUGUCACGGAUCAUGCUGCAAUCGAACUAUGUGAACGACCUGCGGCGAGGUGGACCAUUUACCCUUCUUGCGCCAACGGAUGAAGCAUUCCAGAGCAUAAGCGCCCUGGAGUUAGACCGAAUAACAAACGAUCCUGAUGCAAGAUUAGCGUUGAUGAAGAAUCAUAUCAUUCCCCACACUGUUUGCAUACCCGCUGUCAUCGACACACAUAAGAUGAAGAAUGUAGAUGGAGGAAGACUAGAGUUAUCGUGCAAUAAGUCUGGAGUUUAUGUCAACGAUGGCAAGGUCAGUUCUGAGCAAAUCAUUGCACAGAAUGGUGUCAUCAGCAUUGUCUCCAAAGUUCUCGUCCCAGACAGAGCUCGGAGUGUAAUGGCCUUGCUGGAAGCAAGACCUGAACUUGUUUCAACUUUCUCUCGUUUGCUCAAGAAGUCAGGAGUGGAAGCGUACUUGGAAAAACCGAACAUCACGGUCACAGUGUUUGCGCCUUCUAAUUAUGCAUUCAAUCAAAUGCCAGAGGAGGACUUCACUCUUAUAAAUGAUAACCAGGAGAAGCUUGAAGAGCUGAUGAAACAUCACGUAGUCAUCGGACGAGUGAAGACAGAAAGCAUAUCUGACAAUCAGAAGGUCGACUCUAUAGAUGACGAAAAUGCUCUCAGACUUAAGGUUUAUCGAAAGGAAAUUGGCGUCGAAUCGGCCAUUAUUGAAGAAUCUGAUAUAGAAGGCCAAAAUGGCGUUCUCCACGUAGUCGACAGGGUUCUCACGCCACCAAGUCACAAUCUCAUGGAACUGCUUCACAGCAAAGAAGAAUACAGCAUGAUGGCGGAUGCUAUUAAUCACGUACAAGAAUUCGAGCCUCAUUUCUUGGAUACAAGCACGAACAAGUCGUUUACUAUAUUCGUCCCCACUAACAAAGCCUUCGAGAAACUAGGAGAAGAAAACUUGAAUUCACUUAUGAAAAACAGGAAGAGGCUAAAGAAGAUGGUGCAGAAUCAUGUAGUGGACAACAUGUUAUCGACAGGCUCCAUCCACACCAAGCUGCAAUAAAUGUUCGAACAGAGUACCAGACUGUGAAGGUUCACAAGAAAAGAAUGGACUCAUGGUAAAUUCAGC